AUGAAGAACAUUCCGGGGGAGGUGUUAUCACAGGAACGGGAUCCUGAAAACCCAUCGAUGCCUCAGUACGAACGUCUCAUCCAGAGGAGAAGCAUUGAAUAUGGCGACUCCUACCAUGAUAGCGGGACCGACGAUGGAGUCGCAAUCCCAAACGCCUGCAAGAGAUACCGGACGAGCCGCCUCCAAACGAAGGAUAUCUUCAUUCUGCUUCUGGCUUCCUUCGGCCUCAUUGAUCUAGGACUUCGAGCAUUGGCCCUUCUCCGACUCCGCCGAUAUAUAUCCUGUAACUGCGGCGACACCAUCCAGGAGGCUCGGAACAAUAACUGCAGAUACGACUCCUUCGCAGCAGCAUGGCUUCCUCCGGCAUGCCGAAACGACGAACUUCUCGAGCAGUUUGAGCGAGCCGGUCCCAAUACAGAUGGAAGCUGGCCAUACUACGCAGAUAAGAACGGCACGAAAGUCCUCUCCCUGGAGCAAGUCUCCAUGCUUCCCGAAAUGGGAGGCCAUUUCUUUGCGACGCAUCAGUGGCAUCUGGUCCAUUGUGCGUAUUACUGGAAGAAGAUGUUUCUGGCUUCCAAGACUGGCACCGUCAUUGAGCAUAGGUACAAUAAUCUGGCUCAUAUCAAUCACUGCGAGAUGAUGUUUUUGAAGAGGGAUCCGUUGGAUAAGAUUGUUACGGAGGCGGGAGUAUCCCUUCAUUCAGAUAGGAUUGUUAUCGCGAAAAGCCACGCGCAUGGUAGUGACCAUGAAGGAAAUCACUCAUAUUGA